CGAAACCCGACUUUGGCAUCACACUUCGUCCUCAGACAUUCAGAACACACAUAGUCGGCCAGCAGGUUGAAGUUUGCAGAUUCGUCGCAGGCAAAUCAAAAGAAACAAAAACGAAAUGGCUUCUUUCAAGUAUCUGAUUUUCGUCUCCUUGGCCGUCCUCAGCGUGUACUCCGUUGCCGCCGAAGAGUCAUCCUCCAACGCUGACGAAGCCGCAAGAGUGAAGAAACACGCCUACAUCGCCGCCCCAGCUCCGGUCGUGACCUACUCCGCCGCAGUUCCAGCCGCCUACUCGUACGCAUACUCCGCUUACCCGUACUCCAGCUACUCGUACAGCUACCCCUCCGCAUACGCUGCACCGUACGCCGCACCGUACGCCGCACCGUACGCCGCAUAUCCGAGCUACGCCGCUUACGAUGAUGGCAAAUACUACCCGGGCAAAUACGAGAAGUCUUACUUCCCAGCCUACAAGACCGCUUACCCAUACGCCUACCACUAUUGAACGCACGCUCCGUACCUCUUCAUUCUGGACUAACUUCAGGAAAAAUCUUCCACCAACAAACAUAGUUUUAUGAUAUUUUGAUUCAAAUUUUCAUAAUAAAUACGUGAUUUUUUUUUUAACAAUC